UCUCCACCUGUUGAAGGUGAAGUGCGGAUCACUCCGGGGCUCACUCUCUAGGCCACAACCUCACACAGGGACUGGAGUUAGUUGAUCAGAGAGAAUUUAUUCAACAGAUACAAGACAACAUUUGGAAGAAGGAGUGACAACAAAUUAUAAAAUGGCUUCCAGCUCAUUUUUCCCAGAAGAGGAUUUAUCUUGUCCUGUGUGCUGUGAUAUCUUUGUUGAUCCAGUUGUUCUGUCAUGUAGCCACAGCGUCUGUAAAACCUGUCUGCAGAACUUCUGGAAACAGAAGGGAUCUCAGGAAUGCCCACUCUGUAGGAGAAGAUCCUCAAAGACUGAACCUCCCUGUAACCAGGUCUUAAAGAACCUGUGUGAGUCCUUCUUACAGAAGAGAAUUCAGAGAGAUUCAGCAGGACCUGCGGUGCUCUGCAGUCUGCACAAUGAGAAUCUCAAGCUCUUCUGUCUGGAGGAUAAACAGUCCAUCUGCUUUGUGUGCCAGGCCUCAAAGAAACAUAAAUAUCAUGACUGUGUGCCAAUAGAUGAGGCUGCGCAGGAUCACAAGGAGCAACUCCAGACUGCCUUGAAGCCCUUACAGAAUAAAAUGGAAGUCUUCAAUGAAGUUAAACAAACAUUUGAUCAAACAGCUGAGCACAUUAAGAGCCAGACCCAGCACACAGAGAGACAGAUUAAGAAGGAGUUUGAGAAGCUUCACCAGUUUCUACUAGAUGAAGAGGCAGUCAGCAUCGCUGCACUGAGGAAGGAAGAGGAGCACAAGAGUCUGAUGAUGAUGAAGAAGAUUGAGAAGAUGAAAAGAGAGAUAUCAUCCCUUUCAGACACAAUCAAAUCCAUAGAGGUGGAGUUGAUAGCUACAGACAUCUCAUUCCUGCAGAACUUCAAGGCCACCAUAGAAAGAGCCCACUGCACACUGCCGUACCCAGAGAGGGUUUCAGGAGCGCUGAUAGAUGUAGCCAAACACCUUGGCAACCUGCAGUUCAGAGUCUGGGAGAAGAUGCAGGGGAUUGUCAAACAUACCCCUGUGAUUCUUGACCCCAACACUGCACAUGCCUGUCUCUCUCUGUCUGAAGAUCUGACCACUGUGAGAUGCUCAGACCAAAGGCAGCAGCUCCCUGACAACCCGGAGCGGUGUAUGUUCUACGCAGAUGUUCUGGGCUCUGAGGGGUUUAGCUCAGGGAAGCACAGCUGGGAGGUGGAGGUGGGGGAUCACCCAUACUGGUUUCUAGGAGUGGUCAAAGAGUCCAUCAACAGGAAGGUAGAGAUAAAUAGAACACCAAGUUUUGGAAUAUGGCAAAUUGGGCAGAUGUCUGGUCAAUAUAUAGAAGCAGACAGGACACUUGCUAUGAAGAGGAGACCCCGGAGGAUCAGAGUGGAGCUGGAUUACAACAGGGGGGAGUUGUCCUUUUACGACCCCAAGGACAUGACACUUAUCCACACAUAUAAAGACAGGUUUACUAAGCGACUUUACCCAUUCCUCUCUGUUGGACUGGCUGUUGGUGCCAACAACCCUAAUUUACAGAUCUGCUUAUCAAAGAGUUGUCUUUGACAGUGCUGUCAUCACAGUGAUAUGUCCAGCUCCUUUAUUGGCCCAAUAACAAACUUUAUUUCAUUUUAACCUGUUGGGGCUAGGGGGCAGUAUUUUCAUGGCUGGAUAAAAAAACGUACCCAAUUUAAUCUGGUUACUAAUCCUACCCAGUAACUAGAAUAUGCAUAUACUUAUUAUAUAUGGAUAG